GGAACCCAGUCAGCCCGAGCCCUCGGCGGGCCUCAGUUUCCCCAGCCUCCCCGCCAGGCGCCGGGAGGCCGAGGGCCGGGGUCCCAGGGGCGCAGCCCCCCGCGGCUGCGCGCUGGGCCUGGAGGAUGACAUCACCGGGCCGGGGGCGGGGAGGAACGGGAGGGAGCGGAGGGCCUCCUCCGCGCCAGGCGCAGCGCCCGGUCGGGCUCGGUCGGGCGGCCGCGGCCAUGACGCAGGGUCCCGGCGGGCGCGCGUCCCCCGCGCCCCCUGCGCCCCCAGAGCCCGAGGCGCCCACCACCUUCUGCGCGCUGCUGCCGCGCAUGCCGCAGUGGAAGUUCGCGGCUCCCGCCGGCUUCCUGGGCCGCGGCCCGGCGGCGGCGCGGGCGGCGGGGAGCGAGGGGGCCACGGGGGGCGCCGACCCCCAACCCGAGCCGGCCGGCCCUGGUAGCGUCCCGGCGCUGGCGGCCGCGGUCCUGGGCGCCUGCGAGCCGCGCUGCACCGCAUCCUGCCCACUGCCGGCGCUCAGCCGCUGCCGGGCCGCCGGGGCGCGGGGGCCGCGGGGCGCGCGGGGUGCUGCUGGGCCCCCGGGCGCCGCUGAGGCCGAGUGGAUCGGCAAAGGCAGCUUCAUCCACAAGCCGGCGCACGGCUGGCUGCACCCAGACGCCAGGGUCCUGGGGCCCGGGGUCUCCUACAUCGUGCGGUACAUGGGCUGCAUCGAAGUCCUCCGCUCCAUGCGCUCCCUGGACUUCAACACUCGCACCCAAGUCACCAGGGAAGCCAUCAACCGGCUCCAUGAGGCGGUGCCUGGGGUCCGGGGCUCCUGGAAGAAGAAGGCCUCCAACAAGGCACUGGCCUCAAUCCUGGGCAAGAGCAAUCUGUGCUUCGCUGGCAUGAGCAUCGCCGUCAGCAUCUCCAUUGAUGGUCUCAACCUCUCGGUGCCCGCCACGCGCCAGAUCAUUGCCAACCACCACAUGCAGUCAAUCUCCUUUGCAUCUGGCGGUGACACGGACAUGACAGAUUACGUGGCCUAUGUGGCCAAGGACCCCAUCAACCAGAGAGCCUGCCACAUCCUGGAGUGCUGCGGGGGCCUUGCCCGGAGCGUCAUCAGCACUGUGGGCCAAGCCUUCGAGCUGCGCUUCAAGCAGUACCCGCACAGCCCCUCCGAGGUGGUGGCGCCCCCAGACAGGCUGACUGGGCUGGAAGAGUCAGCCUGGGGGGACGAGGAGGACCCGGAACACAAUUACUACAACAGCAUCCCGGGGAAGGAGCCGCCCGUGGGCGGACUGGUGGACUCCAGACUGGCCCUCACGCAGCCCUGCGCCCUCUGGGCCCUUGGCCAGGGAGCAUCUCCUGCUCGAAGAGACGCCUGUGGCCUGCAGUGGGACCUGGGCCCCUUGGGUAUGGCCCCACCGGGGGAUGGCUACGUGCAGGCAGAUGCCCGGGGGCCCCGAGACUAUGAGGACCACCUGUAUGUAAACACGCAAGGCCUGGACGCCCCGGAGCCCCUGCAGCCUGAGGACAGCCCCACGAAGGACCUGUUUGACAUGCGACCCUUCGAAGAUGCCCUGAAGCUGCACGAGCACUCUGUGGCAGCGGGCGCAGUGGCAGCGCCCCCUCCCGUGGAAGACCAGUGGCCCAGCCCCCCGACCCGCCGGGCACCCAUCGCCCCCACGGAGGAGCAGCUGCGGCAGGAGCCCUGGUACCACGGUCAGAUGAGCCGGCGGGCGGCGGAGAGGCUGCUGAGAGCCGACGGGGACUUCCUGGUGCGCGACAGCGUCACCAACCCCGGGCAGUACGUGCUCACCGGCAUGCACGCGGGGCAGCCCAAGCACCUGCUGCUCGUGGAUCCCGAGGGCGUGGUGCGGACAAAAGACGUGCUGUUUGAGAGCAUCAGCCACCUCAUCGACUACCACCUGCAGAAUGGGCAGCCCAUUGUGGCCGCUGAGAGCGAGCUGCACCUGCGAGGCGCCGUCAAGCGUGAGCCCUGAGCAAGGUGAUGGUUCUCAGUGCCUGGUUCCUGUCCCUGCUGCCCACAUGCCCCUGCUGUGGCCUUAUGGAUCCUCACCCUUUCUCUGGACCCUGGUGAGGCUGGAACCAUGUCUCACCUUCCUCUGCACGGGCUGUGGAAUCGGCCUUCUCCAGCUGGCGCUGGGCUGAACUAACCAGGCCAGGAGCCCAGGACCCCCACCUACCCUCAGGCUUCACCUCCUGGAGGGAGGGUAUAUAUACCAAAGACAGAACCUCUUUUCGCCUUUCAGUAACAAAACGCAGCCCUCUGUCUUGGAGCCAGCCAGGUCCCUGGUGGGGAAAGGAGGGGCUUCUGUUUGCCCAGCUGGACUUCAGCUUAUCUCCCUGGAAGGGGAGGAUUCCUAAUUCCCUGGCAUGGACAUGGAUUCCUGUCCUAGCUGGGCUCAAUUUUUCCACAGGAAAAAUCGGUGCAGUUGUCUUUUGGGGAGAAUUGAGGUGGUUUGGGUCCUCAGGCUGGGGCUCAUGCUGAUGUUGACAUGGGGGCAUUCUUGGGGCUCACCCAGGAUGAUAGGGGCAUCUGGGCAACUCCAAGGGGAUUGACCAGUGGGGAUGGUUGCAAGGCCACCACCCUCCCAGCUGGCUGUCUGGACUGAACAUUUGGAAGCUGUUUGUAAUUAAAUCUGGGAGUGACCAGGAGCAGGGACGGCCUAACUGCACAUCAAGGAGCCCUCCUGGGCUGGGGGGCUGGGGGCAGAAAGCCAAGGUGGUGUCUGGUGCAGCCUCUCUGGAGCCGGAGGAGGUGGGGGAUGAGUGAGGCCCUGGAGACUGGAGAGGAAGGAGCUGGGCCCCUGGGGGUGCCCCUGCUGGGGGUGGGGAAGGCAGGUCACCCUCCCAGAAGCCCCAGUGCUGCUCAGAACAUGUUUUCAUCCCAAGAGAAGGCACGCCCCGACUUCCUUGGAAACAUCCUGGUUCAUCUCAAACGUUACAAAUCUCUCUCUCUCAUGUCAGCUCGAUUUCCCGGGCAAAAAGCCCCUUUUUCCCUUCUCCAAAUGGCUCCUAUCUUUCCCCUAAAAAUGGCCAGACUUCCCGGGGCCCAGCUGCUCUCUCGCCCGUGUUCUCGAGAUGUUCUCUCUCAGACCUUCCUCUCCAUGUGGCCCUCAAAGGCCCUCCUUCCCCCGAGGCCAGCCUCCUUCUGUAGUACCCUGACUUCUGUUCUCCAGACCCUCCCUCACAUGAUUGCUAAGACCCCCGUCUCUUCCCAGGACUCUCUUUUAACUCCUCCUACAAAUAUGGGGGCAUCUCCUCCACAGAGGUCCCUGUCCCUUGCCACCUCCCCUCCAGGUCCACCUCCCCCCCAGGGUCACCUCCCCCCCAGGCCCACAUCCCUGGGGAGGGGUUGUGCUUUCUCGGUCAGCAGGCCCCACCCCGUGCCCAGGGAUGGGUCUGGGAGCUGGGAGCCUGGCUCCUCUACACCUGUCUCCUGCCGUGUUUACCUUCAAUUAUUCAGUUAACAAAGGUUCGAAUUCUGCUGUGCAGCCUUACACUAGUCACUUCCGUUCCCUGACUUGGGUGUACUGCAGAGUUAGGCCACUUCCUUGUGCCUCAGUUUCCUUAUGUGGGAAUAAGGGAUGAUGACCUCUCCCACCAAUGGGUUAACCUGAGCUUUGUGGGGCCCAGGGCCCCUCCUGCAAACCCAGGAGCUUGCGGACAGGCCAUCCACUCCCUUUUUCCAGGGGAGAAGACAGGACUCAGAGGGGAAGCCCUCGCUCUGAGCUUCAGGGGCCCAGGGUGGCUCCUCAGGGCCGGAGCCCACAUCUCAGGCCUGUUUUUCUUCAAGCCACCUUCCUGUGCUCCCUCCAAGCUGGCCUGCUGGAUGCCACCCACAGGGAGCAGCCUACCACUCAAGCCAGGCUCCUGCCCAACACCCGCCUCCCAUACAGCUCCCCCCUCCGUACAGCGGGUCCCUGGGUAGGGAUUGAGAACAGAGAUCACCCAGCAUGAGGUGCUGGGACUCAGGGUGGGAGAGGCUGGUCAGUGCUGCCUGGGCCCCCCGGCCCCAGCUUGGGUCUGAGGCUAGCAGCCUCCCAUCUCUCAUUCCAGAAAGGCUGCAGCUAGGGUGGGGAUGUAGGGUGAAUCCUGGGGUUUGGGCCACAGGGCUCUGCAGAGGUUCUGUUGACCAGGAGAGGCUCCUGACCAUGGAGUCAGCUGGAGCCCUAACCCUACUCCCACCCCUCCCAUGGUGGGUCUGCAGCAGCCCACAGGGCAGGUGUUUGGGACCCACGCUCAGGUACCUUUUCCCUCUAGGCUUCAGUUUGUUCAGCCCCCAAAUGAGAUGGGGUGAGGGGAAAAGGUGGGGGGGCUUCUUGCUGAACUAGGAUGUCAGGGGUCAGGGUUCUGGGAUUCCCUCCAAUGCCUGGCAAGGCCUCCCCCUGGGUGUUCCCUUCCUCACUGGGAGCAGCAUUGGUGAAAUGUGGACAGCCAGCACUUAACACUGCAUGUUUUCUAUGCCCUGUUCUAAGCACUGUGCAGAGUAACCUGUUGAAUUCUCACUCUGAUGCCAUAAAGCAGGAGCACGUUUAUAUCCAUGGGCCGCCAAGGAGACGAAGCCACAGAGGAGUUUGGACACUUGCUAGAAGACACUAAGCAAGAAGUGUUGGCAGCGGGAUUCAGACCCAAUCUAGCAGUUCCAGAUUAGUGUCCUAGCUGCUCAGCACAGAAUAAACUCACCCUCUCCUCUCCCAACCCAGCGAGGAGGGGAGAAUCUGCCCCUAGCUGGGCAAGGGUGAGCAGGGAGUGAAGCCCCCAAUGCUCAGGCUGACCUGUCAUCAGGACACCUGGCACUGUCCCUCCUCGAAGACUCCAGCACUUAUUUCCCCCUCCUGGACCCCGGUGUCUCUCCAUGCAACAGAGGAAGGUGGCUCAUGGCCCCCCAGCCCCGCUCCUGCCUGCUUUACUGGGGCACUUACUCAUUCAUCGUCUGGCAGAUAUUUAUUAAAAACCACAGCAUCCUGGGGACGCUGCAGGAAUAAUCAACCAAGCAAUUGCUCUAGGGCAUUCUUCAUGAUAACUGGGGUUGGCAGUGGGCUCAGUGGGGCUUGUGAUGUGGGGCUGGCCCAGGCUCACAAGCACAGUGGGCUUCCUGGGAGCGGCUGUGAAAUGACACAUUCAUUGGUAUGUGCCUUGUCUGUCAUACCGUGCGGCCAUGCCAGCGUUGCCCCAGCAUGAGGAGGGGGCUCAGUGUUUGCUGGAUGGGAUGAGCAGAACUGAGACAGACCUUUUUUUUGGAGUCAGAGUCAGCUCUGAGCCUCACUUUCCUUACCUGGACAAUGGAGUUCUAAACCCUACCACACUCCCUGGCCCUGACGGGGGGCUGGGGAGUCAGGGCCUCCAUCCGGCUCCCUCCUGCCCCCAGUACCCCUUCUGCUGUUGAAUCAGAGGUCACUCCAGCCCAGCCCCCAUCCCAGCUGGGAACACAGGAGGGUCCCAGAUGGUAACUGGAUAAAGUCCAGGAGUCCCUUUGGGUCAGUCCUGGUGACACUUAACCUUGUGGCUUAUCACCGACACUCCAUCCGGAACGUGUUGGCCUUGGGUUCCAGAAGGGUAAACUGAGGCUUGGAGUGAGGGAGCAGGAACCCCAUCCAGAGGUACCUGUGGUCUCAGGAGCUGCCGGUCCUGGGGCCACAUCCCGUUCUCCCCGUGGGCUUCUGCGUCUUGGAGUAGCCGAAUCACCCUUUCCUGUCACCGAGCCUGCAACUAGGAUUCACCUGUGUGCUGGUGGUCAGUUGGUGUCCUCCGACUGGGAAUCCCCCCAAGGCGGGGUCUGGGCCCUGGGUCACAGCGGGGUUCCCAGUUCUGGGUCACCGUCCUGCGCCCAGGUGCCCACACGAAAUGCAGGAGCAGCCCCUCGCCGGCUUCCUGCGGCUGCACGUAGUGGUGGUGGGCGGCACACCCCAAUUUCUAGAGAGAGACCCUCACCUUGGGACAGCAUGUGGCAGUCGGAAGAACUUCGCGGGUCUGGCACUGGGAAAGCGCUAAUCAUAAAUUCAGCCCCGGUUGUUAUCACAGACGCUCCCCAGGGAGAUAGCCCACAGCGAGUGUGGGUCCGCAGGUGACUGAGGCAGGGGCUUGGGGCUUCCGGGCCCCCGACUCCCCGGAUCCGCAGUCACGAGAGGGGGUGGUCAUCGCGACCACCUGCUUCCCUCCCACGGACCCCGUGGCCCCGCAGCCCGGACGGGCUCCUGGGGGUGAGAGGCCGGGACUGCGGACCGGGGGCAGAGGCGUGACUGUGCAGGGGCCAGGGCAGGAGCUGCGUGGGUUCGGUGCUGUGGGGAUCCAGGGACUGCG